AUGCUUCAGCGAGAUCUGGAACGCCUGAUGGAAGUUGAGAAGAGAGUGAAUAAACUUCCUCUGGGAAGUGGGGCCAUUGCUGGACAUCCUUUUAAUGUUGACCGUGAGUUUCUGGCUAAAGAAUUAGGUUUUGCUGAGAUCACUGGCAAUAGCAGUGAUUCUGUAAGUGACAGGGACUUUAUCCUGGAGUUCAUGUUUUGUGGAUCCAUGGUGUCCACUCACUUGAGUCGAUGGGCUGAGGAUUUAAUUCUUUACUGCACCAAAGAAUUUAAUUUUGUUCAUCUCUCCGAUGCUUACAGCACCGGAAGCAGUCUGAUGCCCCAAAAGAAAAAUGCAGACAGCCUGGAGUUGAUUAGAGGAAAAUCAGGAAGAAUCUUUGGCUAUUGUUCUGGUUUCAUGAUGACUGUAAAAGGAACACCCAGUACUUACAAUAAAGACUUUCAGGAAGACAAGGAAGCCAUGUUUGAAGUGUAUGACACAUUGACUGGUAUUCUUCAAGUUGCCACUGGUGUCUUAUCAACCUUGACAAUUAACAAAGAGAAAAUGUAUGAAGCUCUGAGUCCUGAUAUGUUGUCAACAGAUCUUGCUUAUUAUUUGGUCAGAAAAGGAGUUCCUUUCCGUGAGGCUCACUCUUUGUCUGGCAAAUGUGUUGCAUUGGCAGAAAACAAAUCCUGCCUUUUGACCAAUCUCACUGUCAAGGAACUUAAAUCAGUUUGCGAUCAUUUCGAUGAUGACGUCCAGGAAGUGUGGAAUUAUACCAACAGUGUUGAGCAGUACAAUUGCAAUGGCGGCACUGGUAAGAAAAGCCCUGGUGUCGACUCGUCCGAUGUAAUCUGUUCUCAGUCUGGAGUCGACUCGUCCGAUGUAAUCCGUUCUCAGUCUGGAGUCGACUCGUCCGAUGUAAUCCGUUCUCAGCCUGGGGUCAACUCGUCCGAUAUAAUCCGUUCUCAGCCUGGAGGGGACUUGUCCGAUGUAAUCCGUUCUCAGCCUGGAGUCGACUCAUCCGAUGUAAUCCAUUCUCAGCCAGAAGUUGACAAGUUUGAUUCAUUGUCACCCAUUCUCAGCCUGGUGUUGACUCGUCCGAUGUAA